CUCCCCUCUUGAGUCCCUUGCACUGUCUGUUCUCAUCCUACCAAGACAAAGCCACCAACGAUGUCUACCUCUACCGAUACUCGUUCUGCCUGCGCUUCCGGAGGGGGUGGGGGGCAAGAUCCUGGUCGGGGAGGAGGAGGGGGGAAGCAGCCUCCUGCCGACAAGGUUGAGCCCCUCCGAGGAAAGGCCCUCCACGCCGCGAGGCCUACGUGCGAGCACUGUGGCGGUCGCGGCCACGUGAAGGCCCAGUGCAAGAAGCACGAGGCCUCACUCCGUCGGAUCCAGCAGCCGCGGCACAAGAAGCCUUCCGAGACCCGCCGCAAGGAGCGGCGAGCUCAGGAGGCGCGGCGGCGGGAGCUGGAGGAGAGGGUGGCGGACCUGGACCUCGGGGUGAAGGGGAGCUGGGCAAGCGACGUGGAGGAGGAGGACUCGUCGGCGGUGUUCUCGGGGGAUGGGCAGAAGUCGGAGAAGGAGGAGUGGGAGAGAUAG